AUUGCGUAAAGUCAUGAUGACAAGUUUGCAUUGUUAUGAUGUAAUAAACUUGCUUUUAUUAAAUACUUGCAUUCUACAUCUAAGAUUAUUUAAAGUUUAUGCCUUAAAUAUUUUAUCUUUAAUCAUUCAUUAUGAAUAGUUUGCAGUUUUGUUGCAUCAUUAUUAGCUUCAAUUUUGCUUUUACCAGUUUUUUGACAGAAUUGUUUGAGCUGAACGAUGAGCAACAGGAAAAGUUUCCAAAUAAGAAAUUAGGAGAAAGUAUAAAAAAGGUUUCUUGUUUGUUUACAAAGGUACACAUUUUUGAAAAGAAUUUGAAUAACUCUAAACAAAAUGGAGCCGUUGAUGGAUUGGUGGAAAAAGAAUUAAAUCAUUAUUUUAGUAAACUGAAAAAUAGUACAGAGAUUAGAAGUAAUGCUAAUAAAGUUGCAACUCUUAAAUCAUCUGGGAUUGAAUAUAAAGAUUAUCCUAAAUUUGUAGCCACUAUUCAGUAUUGGAUAGAAGGCACAUCUAAUGGAGAAAAUGAUAUUUACAAGAAACUAUUUUUAAAUGAUCAUAAACAAGAAAAUGAAAUGUUUAUUGACUCAAAAGAUGCAAAAGAGAAAGAAAUUGAAGAAUGGGUUAAAAAAAACUUUGUGAAACAGCACACAGAGUACAAUAGAUUUUCAAAAGAUCAAGUUCAUAAUGUAAAUAAAAACCCUUUGGAAAUUCAAGAUAAAAGGUCAAGCUUGUUAAAAAUAACACAACAAAGAUUUAACAAGAAAUCUAGAAAAAUGGGCAAAAUACUUCAAAAAAAUAAUUUUACUGAACUUUUGGAUAAUAAAAAUCAAUGGCGACAAAUAAAAGGUAUUUUGGAACAACGGAUGAAUAAAAUUGCGAAAUUAAUCGGUGAAAAGUGACAAUAAUGUUUUGCUUUUUAUUGUUUUUUUGUUUUAUUUUUUUUAUUAUGUAUAUAUUUUUU